GCCAUUGACUGCAGUCAUCCUUUGCCACGUAACACGGUGCUUCAGCUGGGGAUUUCUCUCCGCGUUCCCUGCACAGCAUUCUUCUACACCAUCACUGGUGACACAUGCUGGUCCAUCAGUGCGCAGCUGGGCCUCACAGCCAGCAACCUCACUGCUCUCAAUCCCGGCCUCGACUGCUCUGAGCCCAUCAAGGCGGGCCGCUCUCUGUGCAUUGAGCGCAACGCCACCUUCGCUUUCACCGUCCCUCAGUGCUCGCGAUACGGUGUGCUCACACCACAAGACACGUGCGAGCGCCUGCUGCGGCAGGUGGCAGCGAGUGAGGGCGACCCCUUUGGGGCUGUAAAGGUGAAUGCCAUGCGCUGGGCUGAGCUAUACCGCAACAAUCCCGGCCUCAUCUGCUCUGAUGUCAUCCCGAUCACCGCCUCUGCUGUUGGCAGCAACUCCGGCGUGCAG